CCAAGAAGCCUGUCCGGGUGGUGGCUGUUGAGCGGGCGGCUUGUUUCAUUCCUGCCCCUGCCGCCUCGGGAAAGACGCCGCGGUUCCUUCCUACGCUGCAGUCACGGAGCUUCUGGGAUGGGUCUGCAUUGGGGAGGCGAGUCAGGGCACUGCAAGGUCAUUAGCCAAGGGUAACGGGCGUCCUGGCCUCGGUACGGCGGCGGGGCAGAGGCCGAGUGGUGAGAGAGCGAGAGCCCAUCAUCCUGCACCUUCGGCCAUGGCGACAUUAACUUCGCAAGUAUUAUCUCACGUCGGAAGGGGCGGACUCCAGGGCCAACGCCUAAGCCAGCCUUAAAACGAAGAAGUCCAGCUGUACAGCCCCUUUCUUAAGUCAGUUCUGGAUCCUCCCAGACUUUUUGAAUAUAGUGCUGAAUUACAAAGUGAAAUGGCCCUUGCUACUCCAAAUGUAUUCAUGCAUUUUUUUGCUAAAUCUCAGCCUCGCAUGUCGUUACCCGCUCUUUCAUCCUUUUGGAGUCAAAGAAAGAACAACUUUUUACAGCAUUUCAGAUACACAACUGAUGUCAUUUCAGAAGAGAACAAAGCCACUGUAGAAAGCCUCUCUAUGUUAUCUGUGGAUAUCAAGAAGAUCCGAAGGCUUAAGCCAUGGGUGCUCUCAAAAGAGAUGACAUAUGUCGAAGAAACAGCUAAGAUUUUGCAAGAAAUGGGAGCUGAUGGGAGUUCUGUGGCGUAUAUUUUUGAACGCUGUCCUGAAGCAAUCCUCUGUAGCCCUAAAGAUAUCAGUUGUCAAAGAGAUCUGUGGUUAUCUGUUUGCCAAAAUGAAAAACAAUUAGUCGAAUUAAUAAAACGGUUUCCAGAUUCUUUUUUUACAGUUGAACAUUAUGAAAAUAGGAAAGCCAAUGUUAGAUUAUUUAAAGAUUUGGGACUGAAGAAUACGAUUAUCAGCAGGCUUCUAACAAGUGCAUCAAAUAUUUUUUACAACCCUGUUGCAAAGAACAAGCAUAUGAUAGAAACCCUGCAAAGUAACUAUCUAAAGCUAGGUGGUUCGCAGGAGAAUAUGAAGAACUGGCUACUAAAGUUGCUAAGUCAAAAUCCGUUUAUUUUGUUAAAUAGUUCUGCCACUGUCGAAGAGAACCUAGGGUUUCUUAAGAACAAAUUCAAGGAUUCAGAAGUUUUAAGUCUGCUGUCCAAGCUGAAGGGGUUUAUUUUUCACCUUAACCCUAGCACUAUGCAGAAGAGCCUAUUGUUCUCAAAGAAUAUUUUCAAGUGUAGUGAUCAAGAAUUAAAAGAGCUAAUAAUAAGAUGCCCUGCCCUUCUCUACUAUUCAGUUCCAGUUCUGGAAGAAAGACUAGAGGAAUUGCUGAAGGUGGGAAUUUCUGUACACCAAAUUAAAGAGACACCUGCAGUGUUAGAACUGUCAACUGAAAUAGUGCAAUACAGGUUAAAAAAAUUAGAUGCUAUAGGAUACAAUCUAAAAAGUAGAACUCUAGAAUAUUUGAAUGGGACAAGAAAAGAUUUUGAGGCUACUUAUGGAAAGAUACAAGCAAAAAGGGAGAGACCAAUAUUUAAUCCAGUUGCUCCUUUAAAAAUUGAAGAUUAAUUUUCAAAACCUGCUUAAACAAUACUAAUCGGGAGAGUGGAAAAGGGUACUUAUUCAUAUUUCACAACUGGAAUAAAUUGGACCUAACUUGUACUCACAAAGUGGAUUUUUAUUCAGGACUUGCUCCUCAACUUAAGUUGGACACCAACUUACGAGGAACUUUUAAUGAUAAUGGAUUUAGUUGUAUUACCGAUAUCAAGUUUACUGUAUCAACAGAAAAAUAAAGCAGUUAUAGAGCAUUGUGCUGCUUUUAGUCUGUUGAUGUUAUGGAAAUAGCCCUGUGGUUCCAUGAUUCCAUAAUGUUAAGUUUUCUUUUAUUAGGAGUUCCACAUUUCUUAGUAUACUAGGGGGGGGUGUCUCUUGGAUUUUGGCGCCCUACCUUUUGAUCAACCUCCCUGGCUCCCCCCCUUUUGAUUAUAAAAAUAACUUUUCUAACUUUUAUAGUUGAAGUUGUAAAAAAUAAUAACAGGGGCACUGACUGUGUCAUGAGUCUUAACCAGCGGGGCAACAGUUAGAACUAUUUUUAUAACAAAAUCAUGGCUAUUUUUAUUAACAAAAGCAAGUUGCAGCCAGCAUUAGUUAAAAUUAUAAUGCAUACUCCAUAACUGGGACAUUUAAAAUUAAGACUUCAUCGGGUAUUUUGAGAACAAAAUAUGCUGGACCCUUAGUCUGUGCUCAUAUCCUAUUAAUGCAGGAUCUGUAUGCAGGAUCUAUCUGUAGUUCCUGUCAAUUUAGGGCACUUCUUGAAAAUAGCCCUCUUAGGUUUUUAAUUGAGCAUAGAGAGCAUGGCUGUACUGAAUAAUUUUGCCCUGGUAUUAUGUGCUUCAUGUAGCCCUUCCCUGGGCAGCCUUACAAAUGUGUGCAGAGGGGUCCUCUGGGCAUACAAUGUUGCAUGGAGACUUACACGUGACCUAGAACUCCAUGUUCAAGGCCACAUGGAAGCCUUUGUAUGUACAGAUGUACAUGCAAAGCCCCCCCUGCAGACAUUCACAUUAAAUGCAUGGAUGCCAGGGAGAGGGGCUACUUAAUGCACAUGGUGUCAACAGCUGAGCUACUCAGCACAAAAAAGCCAUGCUUGUAUGACUACUAAAAGGCAAACGUAAUGUCUAAGGUGGGAUUAUACCCUAUCUGGUUUAGUGCAGUGAGGAUCUUUUUAACCAUUUGGGUUGGGAAUGUUUUUAAGUGCUCAGUAUUAAGCGGAUAAGGGGGAUUCUAAAAGAGUAAUUUGGUUGAGUUCCUGCAUUAUUUCUAGCCUGUUUUUUAAAAAACAUUUUAUUUCUAUCACGUUAUAACCUAGCCUUGCAAACAAUGUACUCUAUAGAGCAAAAUAACAAUUCUUUCUGGCCUAAUACUUGGGCAUCUGGUCACAAUCCCUUUUGUUUGUUGAGAUAAAAGAAAAGCACACACACAAUAUUGUGCCCAAUUGUUCAUUAAAUAGUAAUAAAAAUAAAUAAUUUUUAGGCUAUCUGCAUUUACAUUCUGCCAGUUCUGCAAUAUUCUU